AUGGGCAAUCUCCUUUUGAUAUUCUUCUUGGCCAUUGCCAUUAUUUCUAGUAAGUCAUCGUCAUCAGAUUCAUACACACUUUCGCUUAUUAAUGGUGUCAAAGAGCUCUCGACGGAGAUGGCGCACUAUCACCAAGACGAUGACAUAAGCAGAAGAACCAAAAGAAGAAGGAAUAUAGGUGAAAAAGCAAGAUACAUAAGUUAUGAUGCUUUGAAGAAAGAUAAAGCACCUUGUAAGAGACGUGGAAGAUCUUACUAUGGUUGUGGAAGACCAGGGAAGGCCAAUCCUUAUAGACGUGGAUGUAGUGCCAUUACACAUUGUGCUAGAACUAUAGAUUGA